AUGCGCAAGUUGCACCCGGACAAGGCCCUUGCCUUUGCAGUUAAGCCAUGCACUGUCAUGGAACUUUGUAGCGAUUUGUUUGGUAAGGUGGCCAACACGGACGGGGUUGAGAGGACUAUCACCCUGAUCCGCGAAGCCAAGGACCUGUGCGAGAAGAGCUUCUCCAGGGUCGUAGCGCCAGCCCCGCCACGCGGCUUGAGGUACGAGGUUGUGGAGAGCGAAGUGGGCCGCCGUCGCUACAGACUUCGCUGGUUGCCGCCAGAGGGGACUGCAUCAGCUCCUGUUUGCAGGUAUCUUGUGGCCGCGCUGGAUCCUGCAUAUGGGAAGGCGCUCACCAUCACCAUCUUGGAGCCGGAUUAUAGCGAGGAGCUGAAGCGAUUCGUGUCAGUGGAUGAGCUGACAAGCUUCGUUCUGGCUGAAGAGGACUUGCAGAAGAUGCCCAGUCUCUGGAAGCAGCCCACGGCCACCGUGCAGGUGGCGGCCGCCAACGAGGCGGGCCAGUCCUCCUGGACCAAGCUGGAGAUCUGGAUCGCGGGCACCCGGUCACCAGCCUCUACACCCUCAAGCCCUUCUACUUCCACUUCUAGCGAGUCAGAGGCGAGCUCCCCGUCGCAGUGCAGCCACGGCUCCUUUGACUCAGAGAUCCAGAGGCGAUCCGGUCGGGAGCUGCAGGAGUGGCUGCAAGGCCAGUUGAAGGUGAGCCUGAUGUCCUGGCUCAAGACACUGCAUUUGCCCACGAAGGGCACCAAGCAGGAGCUGAUUGAGCGCAUCCUGGAUGUCAUGGGCGUGGCUAACAGGGAGUUGCCGAGACGGCAUGACCAUUAG